GAGUACUCGUCUACCAAACAGAGCUUAGACUCUACUGUUUUUCCUAUGAUACCAGACUACAACUUGUUUCACCACAACACUGAGAUACCCACAGUAGAUCAAAAGCCUUUCCAAAACAUGGAGGCCAUGCGGGUUAAUCCACCACCCAUAACUCCACUGGAAACCAUCAAAGCAUUCAAAGAGAAGCAAGUCUUGCCCAGCUUUGGGGGCAUGAGUCAUCAACCCCCACUUACCCUUAAACCAAUCCGCCCAAGGAAAUAUCCUAACCGUCCUAGCAAGACGCCACUCCAUGAGAGGCCCCAUGCUUGUCCAGCUGAGGGCUGUGAUAGGCGCUUUUCACGCUCAGACGAGCUGACUCGCCACCUGCGUAUUCACACUGGACACAAACCCUUUCAAUGCCGUAUAUGCAUGAGGAGCUUUAGCCGAUCUGACCACUUAACUACCCACAUCCGUACUCACACAGGAGAGAAGCCCUUCGCUUGUGACUUCUGUGGACGCAAGUUUGCACGCAGCGAUGAGAGAGAAAAACGGCAUGCCAAGAUACACCUUAAACAGAAGGACAAGAAAGGGGUUGAAAAAGCAGGCUGCUCACCGUCAGUUUCUGGGGCACCAGCUGUUACCACAUGUGCC